AUGAAGUUCUUCUCCGUGCUUACCGCGGCUCUUGUUUCAUCCGUCAGCGUGUCGUCGAAGCCUCUCGACUUGCGACAGCUUGCUUCCUCGAGUACUUCCAACUCGGCUUCGGCUACCUCAACGUCGUCGUUGAGCGCUGCUUCAUCGGCCUCGGCCUCGACCUCGACCUCGAGCUCGGCCACUUCUCCUCCUCCUCCUCCUCCAGUCGUUCCCAGCGGGACCAUCAUCAACAGCUACAAUUCUAGUCUCUCCUACAACAGCACUGCCUCUGCUGAUGAUAGCUCCGUCUACGGCGUUGGUGCUACUGGCUUUGACGGCGUGCAAAAGUCCAAGAUCCCACUCAACAUUGUGCUGACCAACGAUGACAGCUGGGCAUCCGCCAAUGUUCGCGCUCUGUACUAUGCGCUUCGCAGAGCUGGUCACCGCGUGCUCAUGGUAUCUCCCUCGCACAACCAGUCGGGUAAGGGUGGCACCGUUGUUCUGCCAACCGAGCUCAACAUUACCUCGGAAGGCCGUGGCGGCUUCGUCCCAGUCGGCUCUCCCUUUGCCGGCCUCAACGUGAGCGACCCUGGUCUGCGAUACUUCAACGGCACUCCAGCCGCUUGCUCUGGCUGGGCUCUGGAUCACGAUGCGCAGUACUUUUUUAACGCUACCAGCCGGAACGACUCGACUGCCGGUGUCGAUCUGGUUGUCAGUGGGCCCAACGAGGGCACUAAUCUCGGACCAUUCUUGUACACGCUUUCCGGAACGAUUGGUGCUUCGUACUUUGCUGUCGAGCGCGGCGUUCCGUCCAUUGCUAUUAGUGCCUCGACUGACAUCCGCCAAUACACUUCGCUCAACCUUUCGGACCCCAACGAUGAAUCGAUCAAAAUCGCCACCUACUCGGCCAACUUUGUCACUACCGUUUCGGACGAGGCCAAGAGCUCGAACUCGAGCGCGCGCAUCUUGCCGCUCGGCAUCGGUUUGACAGUCAACUACCCCAAGAUUGUUCCUACCGGCAACUGCACUGACCUCACCUGGGUCCACACGCGUCUGACAGGCAAGGCUAUUGUCGAUCGUUUCGUGGUAAACGCCACUACCGGUCUGCCCACGUAUGCCAACUACGUGAGUGACGGUGUGAACGCUUGCAUCGCCGGCAAUUGCUCGCUUCCCGGCGAAACCGAUGUAAUCUCCAACGGAAAAUGCCAGGCUUCCGCUUCGAUCUACUCGGUCGACUACGAUGCUCCCACAGGCAAGACGGCAGAUCUGAUCGCCGCGCUUACCGAUGGCAUCUCAUCGCUGAACUCGAACGCUACUUCUUUCAGCUCGAACCGCGCCAACACUACUGCUUCGGCCUAG